CUCAAUUUGCUUUCUUCCAAUAAUAUCUCCAAACGCCCCUUGUGUUCGUCGUUUCCGAAGAGAAGUUGGCACUGCAUUGAGUCAUGCUGCGGCAUGUUGCUCGACAGAUGAGCCUCGCAAUGCAAGACGUGUUCGAUUGCCUCUAUGCGAACAGUGUUCUCGACGUGCUCCGUGUGAUCGAGGACUCAAAUCAAUGACAGAGACGAUCGUGUUGUUGUUCAUCGGGUGAUCGAGUCGAGCAUGGAGGAGGCCGUCACCAGCUCUCAUCGUGAUCCCGCCGACAAGCAUGCAGAAGAAGCAGCAGGCGGCAAGACGCCGCCGCAGUGCUCGGUGAUCUCCACCUACCGGGCAAAGAUCGGAGGCGUACCGCGAAUCGUGACGGUGGUGUGGAGCAAGAACCUCAUGAACCACUCCCUCUCCGUCUCCAUCGAGAAGGGCAGCAGCUUGACCUGCAAGGUGGACCUGAAGCCAUGGCCGUUCCGGAGCAAGAAGGGGUCCAAGUCCUUCGACGUUGACGGCAAGCAGAUCGACGUCUCCUGGAACUUCCGGUUGGCGAAGUUCUCGGAUGGGCCGGAGCCAACCGAGGGCUACUAUGUCGCGCUCGUCUGCGACGAGGAGGUCGUCCUCCUCCUCGGCGACAGGAAGAAGAAGGCCUACAAGAAGACCAGGUCGCGGCCUUCCUUGGAGGAGGCCACACUGGUGUCCAAGAAGGAGAACGUCUUCGGAAAGAAGUGUUUCGCCGCGAGGGUCAGAUUCGACGGCAGGAACAAGGAGCACGACAUCGUGGUGGCCAACUCCAUCGCGGAGCACAAGGAUCCCGAAAUGUGGAUCAGCAUCGACGGCGUCAUACUGAUCCAUGUGAACCACCUGCAGUGGAAGUUCCGGGGCAACGAGACCGUGUGGGUGGAGCAGGUGCCGGUGCAAGUGCUAUGGGACGUGCACGACUGGCUCUUCCGAGGCCCCGGAUCCGGCCACGCCCUGUUCAUGUUCAAGCCUGGGCUGCCGGCCCUGGCGGCGGAAGAGAAGCACGACGGAGGCGACCCAGUCAGCUCCAAUACCGAAAGCUCCAUGGUUAGCAGCGGCGGCGGUGGUGACGAUGGGUCUCCAGAGUUUUGCUUCUUCCUGUAUGCUUGGAAGAUGGAAUGAUGUAGAGGGAGGAUCCUAUAGGAUGUUUAGAUCAACCAACAAUUCUGGUGACAAGAUGAUCGUAGCUUUUCUUUCAAGGUUUCGUUGUCGAUUUAUACGUGCAGUCCAACCCAACCAAACGAUGUCCAUG